AAGAUUUUUUUCUUCACCUUUGAUUAAAUGGCUUGCUUGUGGUUGCUCGUGGGUCUGUUCCUCUUUGGUUCAGCUGAAGCUGGGAAACUGUUGGUUAUUCCAUCAGAUGGCAGUCACUGGUUAGGAAUGAAGCCUGUUGUGGAGGAACUGGGGAGAAGAGGAAACCAGGUGGUGGUCGUCAUCCCAGAAGCAAGUCUGAGUAUGGGUCCUUCAGAGAAAACCACCACCCUGACAUAUCCAGUGAACUACACCAAAGCCGAACUACAUGUGUUAUUAGAAGGCAACUUAACUGAAAUUCUGAGUACUGACUUCUCCACUGACCUUUCCAAGUUUUUUGUUUUCUUCCUUGAACUGAAAAUUCUUCAGAAUUUCAUCGUGAGGAACGCUGAAGCUCUGCUCUUCAACGAGGACUUGAUGAAGAAGCUUCAAGGCUACAGCUUUGAUGCAAUUCUCACCGAUCCGUUUGAGCCUGUUGGGGUUAUUGCUAGUGAAUAUCUCUCCAUUCCAGCUAUUUAUAUGCAAGUAAACCUUCCUUGUGGUGUUGAUACUUUUGCAAGCCAAUGCCCAAGUCCACCCUCUUAUGUUCCACAACGUAAUACCCACUUUACUGACCAGAUGAAUAUGUGGCAGAGGUGUAUCAACCUGGUAAGGACUUUGCUGCAGCACAUGGCUUGUAGAUACAUGUAUGCUGAAGCAGAUGAGAUAGCCUCACGUUUACUGCAGAGAAGAGCAUCUAUAGUGGAGAUCAUGAGCCGUGCAACUCUCUGGCUAAUGCGCUUUGACUUUGCCUUUGAAUUUCCAAGACCACUGAUGCCUAACAUGGUCAUGAUUGGAGGAAUGGCAACCAAGAAGCCAAAACCACUGUCAAAAGUAAGCUCCUAUGAUUACAUUUGCAUGCAAGUUCCUCUUCUAACUUUUCUCUCUUGCUACCUGUCAUCAUCACAGAAUUUUAAAAUGGAUGAGCAAACCUAA